AGUUAGUCUAGCGUACGACGUCGUUGAGUAAAAGUUGUGUUUGCUAGUGCUGUAGUUUCGAACGCAAGUGCUGGUUGUUGAAACUGAGUUGGCAAUUGCUUGUGGAGUAAAAUAAGGGUGUGAAGGGGUCGAUUAUACUCAGUGGGGAGUGUUUUUUCGGAUGUCACCUACGUAUUUAAAAAUCGUGAAUAGAUAUUGAAAUCCGAACGUAGUGUUCGUCGUUCUCCUAUCAAAGAAAAGAAUGAAAUAUUUCUUCAUUUAAAUAAUGAUGUCAAACAGUGAUCUGGUGAGAAAUGCUUGUUGCUCCCCGGAAUAAUCUGCGUUAGUUAGUGAAACUAAAUAUACACUUCCGGUAGACGCGGUUCUAGAAUGGAUUACAGCUGGUCCGACUAUGAUUCUACAUCGACAUACUCUUCUGAAUCCGUGAAGGGAAAAUUUGCAUCCAAACCCCUGAGGGUUGGUUUGAAUCAGUGACCGGACCCACUAAAACCCCUUCAGUCUCCAGCCCAUAAUACUCCCCGGGACCACCGCUAGGGAUUAGAGAUUUCCAGCUCAGCCGUAGCUGCCACCGUUGCUAGAUUACGCCCGAAAAGUAAUACUUCAACUGAGCGUACCGACUCAUAUCGCUUUUCAAUGGCAAACCUUGAAGAAACACACGAAGCUGAGCUAGAUGCCAUUCUAGGAGAACUGAGUCAGUUGGAACAGCGAGGUGAACUGCGACAGGGCAGAAGCCAUAGUCGUACAAAUUCUACAAUUUCAGUUACCACAAAUACUACAAUUUCAUCCGAAAGUGGCUGUAGCAGCGUCCCAGACAGUGCCGCAAGCAUAAGCAGUUUGCGCGAACCGCGAACGGACAGUCCAGACAAUGAUUCCGCUUUCAGUGACACCGUAUCACUCAUGUCAAGUGAAUCAUCAGCAUCUAGCAGCGUCAGUUCACAUUUGAAAAAUUUACAACAAAAUGCUCAAAAUACCGUAGAUACCGGAAAACAGGCCAAGAUUCAUUUAGCUUUACAAAAACUAGAACAAGCCACAGUAAGGCGACUGUUUGUGAAAGCCUUUUCUGUAGACGGAGCAUCCAAGUCAUUAUUAGUAGACGAAACAAUGUCCUGCGGACAUGUUACGCGUUUGCUGGCUGAUAAAAAUCACGUGCAGAUGGAACCGAGCUGGGCAAUUGUAGAACAUUUACCAGAGUAUCAGAUGGAAAGAUUAUUCGAAGAUCAUGAAUUAUUAGUUGACAACCUAAUGCUAUGGAGCAGAGACUCCAAGAAUAAAGUUUUAUUUUUGCAGCGUGCGGAUAAAUUAACCUUAUUCAAAACUCCUGAACUGUUUCUACCCGGAACACAAAUGGCACCAGGAAGUGACCAUGACGAACACACAAGGGCAAUGCUAUUAGAUGAGUUUUUUUCCACCCAAAACCAAAUUCCACUUGAAGGUCCACUGUAUUUAAAAAGCGAUUCUAAAAAAGGGUGGAAAAAGUAUCAUUUUGUACUUCGUGCUUCUGGUCUGCACUAUUAUCCAAAAGAACAAAAAGUGCGAUCUAUAAAGGAUCUUCUCUGCUUGGCACUUUUUGCUGGCCACGAAGUAUAUCGAGGAAUAGGUUGGAAGAAAAAACAUAAAUCGCCAACUGAUUAUACGUUUGCAUUACGAUGUCCGAAGGUCUCUCCGAUAGCUAAAGGCACUCGAUCGAUAAAAAUGCUGUGCGCCGAAGAUGCGAAAUCCUUAGAAACAUGGGUCACAGCAAUUAGAGUAACAAAGUAUGGUAAAAAAUUGCUGGACAAUCAUCGAAGUCUAUCAGAAGAUCUUGCUCGUGAAGAGUUAGAUAAGCUAUCAUCAGCACGAAGUGGAUCUAUUGGCAGUAUCGUGUCUUCUGUUCCUUCUCACUGUAGCAGUAGUAGCAGCAGCAAUAGUAGUGGAAGUGGCGCUAAUCAUUUAGUUCCUGUUAAUAACGGUCGUUUAUCGCGUGCAUCGAGUUCCAGUUCCAGUGGCUGCUUAUCGGAUGAAAAUAACGGAUUCGAUUCUGAUUUUCCUACGGGUACCAUAAAGCGAAAGCCAUCUAUGAAACCAAACUUACCUUUGACAUCGAUGACCAGGCAAUUGAAGGAAGUUGGGGAAACUACUUGUUUGAAUGAUUCGUCUCCUGCUUCACCGGAUCGAGGAGGAACACUAACACGAAGACACAGUCGAAGAAGAAGCGAAGAGAGUAAUAAUAGUGGGACAUUGAAACGAAGGCCUGCAAAUAAUCGUGGAUCGAUGGAAAGUAUGAGUUCUUCUACUUCGACACCCACACCAACGCCUUCCAAUAGUAUCCCAGGAACUCCAAUAAAUCAACAGCAAGCGCCAAUAUUAGCAAUCAAUAACAAUUUACUAAACAAUAGCAGUAGUAGCAGUAACGUACAACAGUCGACUACUAUAACUCCACCAACGCCAACAAAACCGAUCACAUCCUUGGAAUCUAUGCAGGGUUGCAUGAGCAAUUCUACGUUUUCUCUGCCGCCCCCACCAGACGAUCUCGGAACAAAUUUCUCAGGUUCAACGUUGUCGCUAGAUUCUCUGCCCCCACCUCCCCCACCAAGCGUACUAGAGGAUAGUUUUAGUGGAUCUCAAUUGUCAUUAGUUAGUGUGCAAAUGCCAUUGCCACCACCGCCCCCAAACGUAAUAUCUGUUCAAUGCGUUUCGAACAUGAAGGAGUUGGGUAAAAUUUACCAAACAGUGUCAACUUCGUCACAGGACCCCAGUACAUCCCAAAUAAUCAUGACAUCAAAUGAAAAUUUUGAAACAAACAGCAUUAAACAGUCUAUCAUGAAAUUCAAUAGUCAAGCUCUUCCAUCUGUUACAAACAACGUCUGCUCAAAAGUGGAACCAAUUUACUUAACAACCAUGAAACCGUCUGCCUUGAAGGCUCCGCCAUAUAAAGCACCACCUCCAUAUAACGGAGAAACUACAAUGCCACAGACACCACCUCCAGCACCGGCUAAAAAUGUCAAAUUUGCGGAUUCCCCUGUUCUGCUAAGACGCAAGGUAUGUUUUGAAGACGAAGUUCAAGAAGUGCCGCUUUCACCCCGAAGAAUAUCGCGUGACAUAUACUCGUCUCCACCAGUUCCUCCACCGAGAGCUGAAGCGACACGUUUGUCGACAUCAUACACAUCACCGAAAAGGUUAAGUGAUUCUGCUUCUAAUCCUCCUAGAGAUUUUCUAAAAGAUUUACAAAGAGUAAUGAACAAAAAAUGGCAGAUUGCCCAGAAAUGCAAGUUGGAACCAGCAACAACUCCACAUGAAGUUCUUGGUUUUCGUGACUUACCUAGCGAAAACUAUUCGUCACACUACUACAGGGAAUCCGCCAACGUGAGCCACUGGGUACAGGAGCACUAUGGCUCUGAUGGGCUAUACGAGAAUUUAGGUAGCAACAUGGGUGUAGAACCAUCCUACCCAAGGGGGCAAUUAAUGGUAAGUGGUUCUAUUAAAAAGCGGCCACCACCGCCACCUCCAAAACGAAGUGAGAAGACGCAUUUGACAACAACGGUUCCACAGCAGAGGUUAUAAAAUUGGGCCUAUCUCGGAUUUUCCGAUUGUCUGCUGAUGGUCAGGAGAACCGUCCGUUGCGAACGAAUAUGCAAUGGAUCGUCAUGCAAUGUUAGUGAAGUGUAAAUAGGAAACAUAUAACGAAUAUCGAAUAUCAAUUUGCCAUAAAUUGCUGGGAUUGUGCUAUCUCGUGACGAUUUUACUUGAUCGAAAACUGUAUGCGCUCAACAUCUCUAGAAAUUGUGUAAUAAUAGGUUGUUUAACUAAGGGAUCAGCACAAGAAGUCUUUAUUACUUUGAAACCAAGAAAACUCGAUAACUUCAUGAAUUAUACCUAUUUUUUCUCUAUGACUCUAUAAGUUGUUUUUCUUGGCUAGUUGCUUACUUGAUAUUAAAAAAAUAUAUUAAAUUAUAUAAUUGCUGAGAAAUUAUCGUCAUAGGGUAGCACAACAACAGUAAAAUGGUGUUGACCAGAUAUAAUCUGGCUUGACAGAGAAGAAAUAGACUGGGAUUUGUCAUUAUAUGACUAUACUGAAGAUUCAUCGGGGGUAGAUUGUAAAAUUUACUGUGUGGCGAGUCAUUUGGCAAAAGUUAUGAUUGUGAUGAAAUACGAAACAACAACCUAAAUUAAUAAAAUUAUUCAAAAAUGUAACGCAAUUUACUAUGCGCCAAGUAAUUCCACACGUUCUCGUAUAGUUUGAAUUGAAGAAAGAUAUAUAUUCGCUUGAACAUAAUAAAUGAAUUAGUAGUUUAAUCGAUAUUGUUGAUUACAUACGAAAUUAAAUUUAAAGCUAAUUCAUUCGUGUUUCAUUUAAACAGUUUUAUAAUGAACGGUUUUACCUAAAUAUUAACUACAUGUGUACAUCCUUUGUUCUUUAUUUAAUAUUCUCGAAAUACAAUUCACAUGCAUUUUAAUAAUGUAUAUUGUUUGAUUGCUUUUAAAACAAAAACUUAUUGAAAAAAGUGCCAUAGGCUGGGAAUAUGACUAUGAAACAAAUAAAUAUAGAUAUUUAUUGUUGUAAGUAAGUGGAAAUAUCUGAUAUGUGAGUAAUUUAAGUUAAAUCUAUCCCAUAGGCAGAACGCAUCUUUAACUAAAUCUUCUUGAAUGAUUCAUUUGUUAUUUAAAUUUGAAUUAUUAAGAUUUAAUCCUUACCAUUGCUAUCAGUAAAAUCAGUCGAACCGUAUAUACGACAGCUUGAACAUUUCUCUACUUCAAAACGAAAACACUAUUAUGGGAAACAAUAAACAUACUUGAUGAGGUUUUUACAUAAAUAUAUACAAAGGAAAUUUUUGGAUCAAAGGUUUUGUACUGUCCACGUAUUGGACAAUAAAUAUACAGAAAAAUUGGUGCUUUAACAAAUUAUCGGUGAAUAUACAUGGUAACCAAAAUUAAACAAUCGAACAGAAGCGGAGAGAGACGUUAAUCGCCAAUUGUUGCUUACAACGCAAUAUUAGAUAACACCGCGUAGACAUCAAGCAUGCCGAACGUGUUCUUGGCCAAACUCUAAGACACGAGCAUUUCCUUUGCAUCAAGCAUACUUAUAGAUGAGUUUUCCGAAUGUACUAAAUAGGGAUAGUAACUUGCUGCUAAAACUGAUAGUCGAAUGCAGGUUGAAAACAAAGCGAACGAUGCGUGUAUCAAAGCGGAAAAUAGCACGACCGCGAAAACGAACAAGCCGUCUAAACUAUAUACCUUUAUUUUAAAUUGGAUCAAUAUUAAAUGAGUAUGUAAUUGUACUGAGUACAGUAACAUUAAAACUAGUAGACUACACUUUAGCAAGAAGCUAGCACUAUGAUAAUACAUACAUAAAGGGUGUAAAAAGAAAAAAUGAGCAAAACAAUGAUAAAAAUUCAAUUUUUAUGAAUUUAUUAUUAUCACAAAAUAAUCUAUACUCAUAAAAUAUUUCGCAAUCCUAUCAUUAUUGUAAUAAAUGCGGAAAAGCUGAAGCUACAAACAAAAAUAAAAAUCAAUAAAAUAAUUAA